CCCGGAGCGCGGGGAAGUUUUCUGCCCGAGCUCCGCUCCUGCAAAAGCAGUACCUGCCGGCGCCGGGCGGCUCCCCUGGACUCCCCGCGAGGUUACUUCAUGGAAUGGGCCUUCAGAGGACCCCAAAAGAUUAAAGUUUUAUGGAAAAACAAAUCAUGCAAUCUUCAGAUUCAGACAUGAGGAGAAAGAUAGCCAUCUGAAGUGGUCAUGAACCCCAAGCAAGUCUUCCUCUCUGUGCUGAUAUUCGGAGUAGCAGGGCUGCUCCUCUUCAUGUAUUUGCAAGUCUGGAUGGAAGAGCAACAUACAGGAAGAGUGGAGAAGAAAAGAGAACAAAAAGCAACUUCAGGAUGGGACCCAAUAAAUUACUUGCAGCCUGCACCCAGAAUCAUGAUUACAGAAAAAAACCAGGAACGUAGUACCAACCAGAACCCCAAAUUUCACAUGCCUGAGGAUCUGAAGGAAAAAAUGGAAAAUCUACUCAAGUCCCAGAUACCCACUGCGAUAUUAACCAAGACCAGCCACACACAAGGAGAGAAUCAAGCUCUGGGUAAGAUUUCAGGGUCAUCAUCAACAAACAAGUUGACUGAAAAACAUCAAGGAACCAAGACUGUUUUCAAGAAGUUCAACGAGAUGAACUGGCCUUUGGACAUUCGGCCUUUAAACAAAAGUUUAGUUAAAGACAACAAAUGGAAGAAAACUGAGGUGACACAAGAGAAACGCAGGUCUUUCCUUGGGGAGUUUUGCAAGAAAUAUGGCGGAGUGGGUCAUCCCCAAUCCCAUCUCUUCCAUAUGGUAUCCAGGAUCUAUGUAGAAGAUAAACACAAAAUCUUAUAUUGUGAAGUGCCAAAGGCUGGCUGUUCCAAUUGGAAAAGAAUUCUGAUGGUACUGAAUGGAUUGGCUUCCUCUGCAUUCAACAUCUCCCAUGAUGCUGUUCACUAUGGGAAGCAUUUGAAAACGCUAGAUAGCUUCGACUUAAAAGGGAUAUAUACUCGUUUAAAUACUUACACUAAAGCUAUAUUUGUUCGUGAUCCCAUGGAGAGAUUAGUGUCAGCAUUUAGGGACAAAUUUGAACAUCCCAAUAGUUACUAUCAUCCAGUAUUCGGAAAGGCGAUUAUAAAGAAAUAUCGACCAAAUGCCUGUGAGGAAGCAUUAAAUAAUGGAUCUGGAGUCAAAUUCAAAGAAUUCGUCCACUAUUUGCUGGAUUCUCACCGUCCAGUAGGGAUGGACAUUCACUGGGAAAAGGUCAGCAAACUCUGCUACCCGUGUUUGAUCAACUAUGAUUUUGUAGGGAAGUUUGAAACUUUGGAAGAAGAUGCCAAUUACUUUUUACAGCUGAUUGGUGCUCCAAAAGAACUGAAGUUCCCAAACUUCAAGGAUAGGCACUCUUCCGACGAAAGAACCAAUACUCAGGUGGUGAGACAGUAUUUAAAGGAUCUGAGUAGAACUGAGAGACACUUAAUCUAUGACUUUUAUUACUUGGAUUAUUUGAUGUUUAAUUACACAACUCCAGUUUUGUAGUUUGCAUUUAUUUUCUAAAGCUCUGUAUUUACUUAAUGUCACCCUCAAAUCAGCUACUGUAAUUUUUCUAUGAUUCUCUGUGUGAGAGAAAUUUAACUGGGUGCAGUUGUUUUGAUUUAAUGAUAAUUUUUACCGAAUGGCGUGAUAGCAAUUGGCACAAAGUUAUAAGAAAAUCACCUACUGAAGAUAUGUAAGCAACCCACAUUUUUGGAAAAGAGCUGCUUUAGCAUUAUGGAUCACAUUGUUGAAGCAAUAAUCUAGCCAGCUGCUACAUUAACUGAAAAACAGCCUCUUGAGAUGGUAAAAUAAGGAUUCUAAAAUAGCAUGGAUGUGUAUCUAUAUUGUGGAAUUCACAGUCUGACGUGCAUGAAUCUAUUUUUAACAAUCUGUGGCAUAAUCAAACCAUUGGAGAGUUUUCUUACACCCUGGAAAUCUUUCUAUCAACUGUAAUGAUAAAUCCAUUUUGAAAUGAUAUUUUGGGCUUGGGCAUUUUCCUUCAGAUAUUAUGUAUUUAUAGUAUGAGAAUAUAGCAGAAAAACCAGAUGAACCUACGGCUUUUUUAUAUUUAGCAGCCAAUAAAAAAUGCGCGACAUGCUAAGAUCAAAGCAA